AUGGAACCGCCAAAAUGGCGAAUAUCAAAAGCUUGCGAGGAAUGUCGCACCAAGAAAAUCCGCUGCGAUGGUGACGACCCUUGCGGCCGGUGCAAGAUGCGCGCAGUUGAUUGCGUGUACCGUGCCAAGGCACGCAUCAGGGCAAGAAGAAGCCCACCGGCGCCCGUGCAACAGAGACGUGAUGAAUCGGAGCUGGUCCGCCCCCCAGAAGAGGACGAUCAUGCCUCCGACUCUCGAGCCCUUCAGAACCACAGCGUGGCGGCAACACACCGAGCAUCGCCGUCCAUGUUGCUACAGCUGUAUUAUGGCCCGUCGUCCAACUUUUCGAUCGUGAACUUCAUAUACCACCAGAUCGAAGGCACGAGGCCCGUGUCGAGCCAUCAAAAGGAGGUCCAAGAGAUGGGACCCGGUCUAGACCGUUUCAACUUACGGCGACUGUACUUUGGCGACCUGGCUGAUAACGCCGAGUCGUGGCGCGUGACCAACGACACGGCAGCCAUGCUCGUUGAUCGAGAAUUGGCUGGCCGUCUCCUGGAGCGGUACCUUGCCACUUACUGGCAUACUAUGCCUAUCUGGCCCAAGGACGAGUACCGCCGCCAGCUCGCACGCCUCUACGUGCCGUCUGAGAUGUCCUCAUCCAAGAACCCCGACACAAUUGUCGUCCUGUUGUCUAUGGCAAUGGGUGCUUCCAUGCUCGAGGAGGAAGCAAUAGCGCAAUUUCUGUUCCAGAAGGCUAAAAGGUGGUCGGCCAGAUUUGACGAGAUGGUCAACGUUCAAGCUGUUCAGAUAGCAUUGCUCAUGAUAACAAGGCCCAACUCGGCCUUUUUGGUGGCGGGCACUGCAGUCCGCAAAGCGGUAGGCGCCGGCCUUCACAAAGAUGUUACGGGGACUGCGCAAUCUUGCGAAGAUACUCGUCAGCGGAGAGUAACGAUCUGGAGCCUCUUUUUCUGGGAGACUCUCGGUCGUCCAAGUUCGUUCCCCGAGGCCGAAAUGAGAGUACCGCUUCCUGCCGAGCAGAAGUUCUUGCAGUCACUUGUGACGCUAGCUCGGCUCAUGUCCAAGUGCGCCACGCACAUCUACAACCAGAAUCACAAAUCCCUCGCCCCUAUUUGGAAAGCUGCAAAUGAGAUUCGUCGGGAGCUUCUCCAAUUUGCCGAACAGCAGCGCAAGGAUUUCAACUUUGGCCUGGUUGGUGACCCGGGCGCCGGCGAGCUCGGGGUCUGCCAGACCAUCAUAUCGACCAUGUACCAUCACACGCUGGUUCUGGUAUUUCGCCCAUUUCUAGUGCUGCGCGCUAAACUGCGCCAGGAGGACACGGCUUCCGGCAGUAAUACUGCCACUAACGGCAACAGUUUGCCGAUGCCGCCACCAUGGUUGGAUAAGGCAUGCGAGUUUUGCCUGGAAGCUACAAGGCAUUGUCUUGUUUUCCUUGAGGUCAAGUACCACGCCUUCUUCAUCGAGAGCGCAUCCCACGUCUUAGCAUUGGAUAUGCUCGGUGAUAAGAUCACCGGCCGUUCCAACCUACCUUGGAUCCGAUCGGGGAUCCGGGCCCUCCGGAUGAUGCCUCGGCCUGGGAGGACUCAGAAGAGCCGGGUCCACACGGAGGACCUUGCAGAUAACCUCGAACGCAUCGCUCGUUUUGUAUAUCCGGAUUUCCGGGUCAGUGCCGAGAGCGCCAACCCUGCUGUGGAUACCGCCGCAGACACGAAUUAUCUUAGGGUCAACCCAGCACAGCACCCCUUGCAACCGCCAUACCCCGAUGUGAGCAUGGCCUUCGGCCACACCUCGCCGGCCACCAUAUCGCCCUCUACCAUUCUUAACCAUGAGGAUGUGGAGCAGCAUGCUGAUCUUACGCCUCCAGAUGGUGGAUGGAACUUUGACUUUGCAACCGCCGAUAUGGAGGCUUUCCUGUCGAUUGAUCCCAAUUUCGACUCCUACCAGCUUCCCGUAUACCCUUAG